CUAACGAGGACUCAUAUUACUCUUGAACUGAACAUUCUGUUGAUAAAAGGCAGUAGUUAGAAUCAUCUGAAGAGUCAGUAUAUCAAGAACCAUGAACGCCGUCAUUCUAAUUUCGUUCGCACUCUUUACGUCUACUUACGCCCUUACAGGCGAUGAGUGUCUUGAAGAGAACAAAACCGAGCAGAACAAUUUGAAAAUCGUGUUGUCAUUCUACGAGGCGGCUUUCGGACAGCACAACAUUUCCGCUGUAGACGAAUAUAUCAGUCCGGAUUACAUUCAACAUAAUCCGCAUGUUGCCGACGGCCGUCAACCGCUCAAAGAUUUUCUUGUACCAUUCAAUGCUAUCAAGACAAAGGGACCCGUCGACAUUCGUCACACAGCCGUCAAUGGGGACAUGGUCUGGUUGCACCUGAAAACUACCGGAUUCAAUGGUGAACCAUUGGCCAUCAUUGACAUUUUCCGUGUUAAGGAUUCUAAAAUUGUCGAACACUGGGACGUUAUUCAGGAAAUACCGUCACUGUCGGCAAGUAAGAAUUCUCAUCCAAUGUUUUAAGCCGCUUCGAUGUUCAACGUGUUGUUGUAACUAUUUUUGUAAUUGACUUCUUUGUGGACAAUAAACUUGAUUGUUUUAAUGAACCCAGA